GUUAAUAAUAGGGGCGGACACUAGCCAGUUCAGCAACUGCGUAACGCAAGUAUUUAUCCACAGUACUGAACAUCUAGCAAAGACCCACGAUGGACCCGAGAGACGCUGCCCCUGAUUCCUGGGAACAAGAGGAUGAUGUUGAGGCCCCGGUUGACGGGAAACUCGAUUCCGAAUUCGCCGCCCUCAACGUGAAUGCCAAACCGUUUGUCCCCAACAUAAAUGCCGUCGAAUUUGUCCCGUCCUUCUUUCAGAAAGGCCCCUCGGAAGAUCCUGAUUCCGGUGCGGACGUUGAACCAGUUGUUGCCACCAUGGAGGUCGCAGAAACUGCAGCCCCGGUGGAGAACGGCGACUCUGAAAUGACCACAGAGGAGACAUGGGACCUGAAAGGGGUGGAGCCCAAUGAGGAAGAACCAGGAGGAGGGCCUGGUGGCGACGGGGGACCAAUAGUUGUUGAGGAGAUUCUGGAGGAGGAAGUCCUAGAGGAGGAGGAAGAAGACUUACCAAUCAUGCCUAAAGUGGUCGCCCUCCCACCAGACGCGCCCAAGAAGGAACAUGUGAACGUGGUGUUCAUCGGGCAUGUUGAUGCUGGCAAGUCUACCAUCGGAGGUCAAAUCAUGUAUUUAACAGGCAUGGUGGAGAAGAGAACUCUGGAGAAGUAUGAAAGAGAAGCCAAGGAGAAGAACAGGGAAACCUGGUACCUCUCCUGGGCUCUGGACACUAACCAGGAGGAGCGAGACAAGGGGAAGACUGUGGAGGUGGGCAGAGCGUACUUUGAAACUGAGAAAAAGCACUUUACCAUCCUGGAUGCGCCAGGCCACAAAAGCUUUGUGCCCAAUAUGAUCGGAGGAGCGUCGCAAGCUGACCUGGCUGUGCUGGUGAUCUCAGCCAGGAAGGGAGAGUUUGAYACGGGCUUUGAGAAGGGUGGACAGACACGGGAGCACGCCAUGUUGGCCAAAACGGCGGGGGUGAAGCAUCUGAUCAUCCUCGUCAACAAAAUGGACGACCCUACAGUGAACUGGAGCCUCGAGAGGUACGAAGAAUGCAAGGAAAAACUAGUGCCAUUUUUGAAGAAGGUUGGCUUCAACCCCAAGAAAGACAUUCACUUCAUGCCCUGCUCCGGCCUCACAGGAGCCAACCUCAAGGAGCCUGUUGAGUCGUGCACUUGGUAUACGGGGUUACCAUUCAUUCCACAUCUGGACAGUUUGCCAAACUUAAACAGAGUGAGCGACGGACCAGUCAGAUUACCCAUCGUAGACAAAUACAAGGACAUGGGUACUGUCAUCCUGGGGAAACUGGAGUCAGGGUCCAUCAGUAAAGCACAGCAGCUUGUCAUGAUGCCAAACAGGCACACAGUGGAGGUGUUGAGCCUGCUGAGUGAUGACGUGGAGACAGACGAUGCUUCUCCUGGAGAGAACCUGAAGCUGAGACUGAAGGGCAUCGAGGAGGAGGAGAUCCUGCCAGGCUUCAUCCUCUGUAACGCUGAGAACCUCUGCCACUCUGGACGCACCUUUGGGUAG